AUGACCUCGCCGAAAUUGCUGAAUGCUACUGUUAAAUGCGUGCUUUCGGGUGAUACACUAAUUCUUCGUGGAAAGCAGACCGCAAACCAACCUCCUCCGGAAAGGCAAUUAAAUUUGGCAUAUAUCCAGGCCCCGAGAAUAGGAAAUCAAAAAAAAGAUGAUGAGCCCUUUGCGUUCGAAUCUCGCGAGUUCAUUCGUUCUCGCAUAGUUGGAAAAGAAGUUUCAUUCCGUGUUGACUAUACCAUCCCGAACUCUGGUAGGGAGUAUGGCACCGUCUACCUAGGCAGUGAGAAUCUCGCCCAUUUGGUAGUCAAAGAAGGAUGGGCCAAGGUCAGAGAGGAAAAUAGAAAGAAUAAGGAAGAAGAUAGAGAUUACGAUGACCUAAUUUCUUUUGAACAAGCCGCACAAUCGGCCGUCAAAGGAAUAUGGCAAGAUAAAGAGAAGUAUUCCCGUAAUGUCAACUAUACCUUUCAAGAAGAUUCAAAAGCAUAUUUGGAAAAAUACAAAGGGCAACCGAUUGACGGUAUCGUCGAACAAGUGCGAGAUGGUUCUAGCCUUCGCGUUCUAUUAAUGCCUCCUUCCGCUCCUCAACAGUAUCUUAAUAUAAACAUAUCCGGAAUUAAGGCACCCAUUGUUCGGAGGGAUAUUCCAGAUCAAGAUAAUAUCGUUGAACCAUUUGGAGAAGAGGCAAAAUAUUUUGUGGAAUCCAGGUUACUCCAGAGAAAUGUGAGAGUCAUACUGGAAGGACUUUCCGGAAAUAAUCAAGUAUUCUCCGCCUCAAUCUUGCAUCCCGCGGGCAACAUUGCGGAAGCAUUAGUAAGCGCGGGAUUGGCCAAGGUUUUGGACUGGAGUAUAACGGUGGUUACUGAUGGUCCAGCGAAAUUACGUGCUGCCGAAAAUGCCGCGAAACAAAAAAGGUUGAAAAUAUGGCAUGAUCAUGUGGCUAGAAGUAAGGCUGGUGGUGACGAUCAUGAAUUUGAAGGAACUGUGAUUCGCAUUGUCAACGGUGAUACCCUUUGUGUAAGAGUAAAUCGAACCGGAGUCGAAAAAAAACUCCAGUUGUCAAGUAUCCGACAACCAAAGUAUGUUCAACUGUCUGCAUUUUCAUCGCUGGAACAAAAUCUAAAAGAGUUAGUAUCCAAAACAAAUAGACCAAAAGACCCCAAGAUUCCGGAGUACAAUCAUGAUGCCAAAGAGUUCUUGCGGAAGAAGUUGAUAGGAAAAACGGUUCGUGUCACUAUCGACUAUCAAAAACCCGCGUCGGAUGGGUAUGAGGCUAAGGAGUGUGCUACCAUCAAACUUGGUGAAUUCAAUCCAGCAGAAGCUCUGCUCGAGCGCGGGCUCGCUCAGAUUAUAAGGCAUAGAAGAGAUGAUGAGGAUCGUUCAAGCUGUUACGAUCAGCUUCUAAUAGCGGAACAAAAGGCUCAGACAAAUGCCAAAGGCGUCCAUAGCAACAAAGAACCACCUACGUACAGGAUCGGUGAUGCCUCGGAGAACGCUUCGAAAGCCCGCCAAUACCUUCAUUCUCUGCAGAGAGUUGGUCGCAUUAACGGUGUCGUUGACUUUGUUAAUAACGCGACAAGAUUUAAAAUUUACCUUCCUAAGGAAGGUUAUAAAAUAUCUUUUGUUCUUGGUGGUAUUCGUGCACCUCGAACUGGUAGAACGCCGUCCGAAAAAUCGGAACCCUAUGCUACCGAGGCUUUUGAAUUUGCCAAUCGCAAAGUAUUGCAGCGUGAUGUUGAGAUCGAGGUGGAAAAUGUCGAUAAGACUGGCGGAUUCAUUGGUACUCUCUGGCUCAAUAAAACGGACAACUUUGCGGAAUUGCUAUUGCAAGAAGGACUCGCGAAAGUUCAUUCGUUUGGCCCCGACGCGAAUAAGUUUCGAAAGGCUGAGACGGAGGCCAGAGAGGCGAGGAAAAAUAUUUGGUCUCUCCAAGAACCUUUAGAGGAAGUUGACGUGACAUCAUUAGAAGAAGGUGAACCUCGCAAAGAAUAUAUAGACGUUGAGAUCUCGGGGAUUGUCUCGGGAGGACAUUUUUAUGUCCAGGUUGUGAAUGAUGACAUUACCAGUCUAGAAAAGAUGAUGUCUGAAUUUAGACUUUACCACAAGAAUACUCAGACUUCUAACGCUUCAAGCCUUAAAACCGAUCAAAUUGUCGGCGCACAGUUUACUGCGGACAACCAAUGGUAUCGCGCAAAGAUAAAGAAGCUUUCGAGCGAUAAAAAGAGUGCCGAAGUGGUUUACAUUGAUUAUGGAAACUCGGAAACAAUCCCUCUUUCUCGGAUUCGCUCUAUUCCCGACAAUUUCAAAAAGCUACCGGCACAGUCGCAGGAGGCUGUGCUCUCGUUUAUAAAAGUUCACGAACGUGAUACCGACUAUGGCGAAGAAGCCUACGAAAAAUUCCAAAAUAUUGUAGCUAAUAAACAGCUUGUUGCCAAUAUCGAUUACCGUGAGCGUAAUUUACUUCACCUCACUCUCUACAAUCCUGCGCAAGCUCAAUCUUCCGAAGUCUCGAUAAAUGCCGAAUUGGUUCGCGCUGGUCUUGCGUUGGUCAACAAAAAGCUACCUUAUUAUAAACGCUAUCCUAAUUUGACGAAAAAAUUGGAGGAAUCUCAGGAAGAGGCGAAAAAGGAAAGGAUGGGGAUGUUUGAGUAUGGUGAUGCGACGCAGGAUGACGAUGAUGAUGCUGGUUAUUAA